UGUGUGAGGGAGGGAGGGGGAGACGUUUCCCCUUUCGUUCGAUAAGAACUGUCGCAGCUCUUUUCCUUUCAUUUAGCACCAGAAAGUUGGCAGAGGGUGUAUCGCAGCAGGCGUUGUCGAGUGAAUUGAGUUUGAAACAAGCGAGCCCAUUAACGGAAGAGAUCCAAAAUGGCUCUCUCAACUAGUGCAAAUUUCGUAAAAUAUCUACUUUUUCUCUUCAACUUCUUCUUCGUGAUCACCGGCGUGAUUAUUAUGUCGGUUGGUCUGACCGUCCAGGGAGCUUACCAUGGUUUUCGAGAUAUUCUGGACGCCAAAUUCUUCAGCAUUCCCACCUUCCUGGUGGUGAUCGGUUCGUUCAUCUUCGUCAUCGCCUUCUUUGGCUGCUGUGGCGCGUACAAGGAAAACUACUGCAUGACACUGACGUUCUCGAUCCUUCUGAUUCUCAUCUUUAUUCUGGAGUUGGCGGCAGGCAUCAGUGGAUACGUGCUACGCAAUGAUACACGCGAGCUGGUUACCAACGCUCUGAAUGGUUCAAUGACGCAGUAUGGAGAUGCGAAACAUGGCGAUAUUACCCUGAUUUGGGAUGAGAUACAAGUGGAUUUCGAUUGCUGCGGUGUGGAAAAUAGCUCAGACUGGGCACGAGCCAACCCAACUAUGUUUAACGAAUCAUACAUCCCGAUGACCUGCUGCCGUCCACAGACCGGUGCUGUCGGAAUGGUCUCUUGCCCGACUAAGGAGGGCAAUACGCUGAGGAAGACCGGUUGUGUGCAUUCGUUCGGUGAUUUUGUCAAGGCUCACGCAGUAAGCCUAGGUGCGGCUGGUAUCGCUCUCGCAGUCAUUCAGUUCUUUGGAAUCAUGUUUGCUUGCUAUUUGGCCAAGCAAAUCAAACUGCAGAGACUGGGAGUGACGAGCUAUUAAAGCGGCCGGUGAAGUCGAUUAGUACAUUUUGAGGUAUUUACGAUUAUCCCUAGCAGGCGUAGCUGUGUAACUUAGUUACGAUAUGGAACAAUAAAAGCUUCAAAUAACCCUCGA